AUGGAACUCAUUACUUGGGAGGUUGGAGUGGAGAUCAUAUCACAGGCANGGGGUCGCAGGAUAGGUCACAUGAAAGCGAGGGUUUUGCGGUUUGGUCAGGGAGUUAUGAAGUACAGCAAUGGUGAUAUUUACGAGGGAGUUUUUGAAUAUGACUUGCGCAGUAAAACGGGAAAGAUGACCUACAAGGACGGAUCAGUGUAUGAAGGCUGUUGGGCCAAUGGACUGCGCCACGGAAAAGGUAAAAUGAUGUACAGCGACAAGAAGAGCAUGUAUGAAGGAGAAUGGAUGCUAGGUUUGAGACAUGGCAAAGGACAAAUGAAAUACUCUAACGGAGCCAGUUACUCAGGUCACUGGGAGUUUGACAAGCGAAACGGACGUGGAAUGUACGCAGACCCUUCCUCUGAUUAUCGUUAUGAAGGGGAGUGGAAGAAUGGACAUAAACACGGCAAAGGUGUGGAACAGACUCCAGAGGGAACAUACGAAGGCGAAUGGAAAGAUAAUAUGCGUCAUGGCCAAGGGCGGGAAAUGUCGGUGUGUGUGACGGAAUUUGAAGGAAAAUGGAAAGAACAUCGAAAACAUGGACCAGGCAUUAAAAGACUGAAAAAUGGGCGAGUGGAAGAACAGGUCUGGCAAGAAGGCAAACAUAGGGACACAUCGAGUAUUGACGUAAUAGAACUGCCCCUCAUCCAGAGGAGAUGAUCAUUAGUCAUUUAUGUUACCAUUCCGAAAUUUUAAUUUACAAUUUCAAAAUCAGGGAUUUAGAGUUUUCUACUGAAGAGGUCAAAGGAAUGAUGAGAUUUUUCCCUUACCCGUGCUUGACCAGGUGUAGACGUUUCCCCCCCCUCCCCUCCCCGCCCGUUCCUCGAUGAACGACUCACUUCAGCUUGGUAGGUCGACACUGCUUAUCUAUCAACGUGCGCUGAAUAUCUUUUUCGCUUUCUACAAUGUAUUUAACUGUAGGACUAGGAGUGAUAACAGGAUAAGCUGUACGAAACACUUCCCCUGUUUUUAAUGCUUUAUUUUUAUUAGUUCAAGUUAUAUUUAGGGAAAGAUCGUAACAUAAGACUUGGGAACAAUACUGUUUUGUACAAAACCGUAACUUUUACUUGCUGUUAUAGUAUUUAAAGGAAAAUUGAAUUUAUUUUGGUUACAAUGAAUAUAUGAAGUUCAUAUAUACAUUAUUUUCUUACAAAAAUUGGGGAAGGAUAACAGUUUACAAAUUGAAAAGAACGAGGGGAGGAAAGUAUUCAGUUAAACCAAGGUUUAACAUUUUGAGAUUUUCAUCAUAGAGAAAUAAGUUAAGAACUGGUUAUUAAAUAAUUACAUUGAUAGAGAUAAUGAUAAUAAUGAUAAGAAUCUUGGUAGUUAUUUUUCUGUAGAAGUGAAUAAGGGAGGUUUCUUUCGUUAAAAGGACACUCAUAAUUAUUGAGUUCUAUGUUUUUGAUUUGAUACUUAUCUCUUAAAAUAUUGAUGGAAUGGUUAUUAUUAUAUAUUUAAGCGCUAACAACUUGUGUCGAACACUUUCACCCAACAUUUUCAACCAGGAACUUCGUUAUUUGUGUUUGACCUCAUUUUGUAAUUGAAACCUAACAUGACGCAGCACUCUACUGGUCAGAAUUUAGUUCUGACAUUGUAAACCGAUUACAUAUUAUCUCUAUUUUUAUGAUUUGUUUUAUUGAUGCUUUGAUCAUCACAGAAAUCCAAAUAUUUUUUUAUUUUAUUAAUAGCAGGUAUUGAUAUUUGUUAACUUGGAGGGUUUUCAAUUAAUACAAAAGUAGGCUUACAGAACGAUGUAUAACCUAUGAACUGAUCUUGAUCUGGAACACUUGUCAAAAAGCUAAGUAAGAGUUAUUCUAGUUAUUUGUAGCGCAAAGCCGAUACCUUAGCAAGUGAAAAGCUCGUGUAGCAUGCUCAUCCAAACAGGCAACAUGAUAUAGGUAGCCAAUCAUAUUCAGGUGAAAACCAUCAUGUCAUGGCAGUGUCUCGCACUCUCUGCGGUACACCGAUUCAGCCAAGGAACGAGUUUAGACGUGCAAGUUGAUUUCCGCUAACAGAGCUAUCCUUUCGGUUUUAAAGAUUUUAGGUCCCAUUAACAUUGAUGGAUUUUCUUUAUGAAAACUCGCAUUUGUUAGCGUUCUCGCUUGUCGUUCACUAACAGCCUUAAAGCGCUGAUGAAAACCGGAGACCACUUAUGACGGUUUCAAACCUGGAGUCUUUUAGUGACGCUUCGUUUUUAAAACUAUCCAUUGCUCGUGCUGGUGUAGACAAGUUAAAAAAGAGUGAAAAUAGCGAUGAAAACAGCGUGACAUUUUCCCUUUCCAUCAGCGUUUUCAGGAGUUUCAGCGUGGACAAUAGACAGUACUUGCCUUGGCUCGUCUUUCUAGUGCUCCAGAUCAAAUAGAAAUGCAAUAAAUUUACAAUUAUCGAAGGUUUUAUUGAAAGAGUUAUUGAAGUGAUGGAAAUAUCUAAUGGGUGGAUUUGACCGCUUUCAGAUAUGUUAAAAGAUGGAUUAUUCUUUAAAAAAAAUAGAAAUAUGUUUACAGCAAUGGCACGAAUUUUAGUUCAGUUUGCUGUCAGCCUUAGCGGUUCUGCUAUCGUUGUAGCGGUCACGUACCCAAAAUUAACCAAUCGCAACAAAGGAAGAGAACAGUGAUUCCAAUCCAAUUCAGUUGGGCCAGUUAGGUGCUUGGGACCAAAGCAAGCAAUAGGGACCAAGAAUUUAUAGAAAGCUUUAUUUCUCGUUUCCUGUAAUCGAAUUGUUCAGUUUUGCCCAAGUGACCCUGUUGACGUGUGUAGACGCAACUGGUAAAAAGUAGUUCGUCGUUCUGAAUUUGAGACCAUUUGGUUUCUUUUUAUAUCAGGAGGAAAGAAGGAAUAUAGAUCAGAGGAAAUUUUUGCCUUUACUUUUAUCGUAACGCGUUUCUUGAUCGAGUCAACCUUGAUAAUGAAAGCUAAUUGAAAUAUAAUUAACUGUAUAUUGUAAUUGAAUAUACAUGAUUUUUAUACAAUAGGCUGACUAUGAGAGUUAGUUUGUGCUGGCACAAAGUAAAUUUAGCGAAAAAAAUAACAUGGAUGUAAAGUGUAGUUUCGAUUGAGUGGAAAAUUAAAAUAGUUUUGUGCAACCCC